AACACGAUUUCCUGGACCUGCGACAAUCAUAUACUACUGCAUUGCCUCUUCAUCUCGUGCCUUCCUUCAAUCACUUUUCGAGUUCCCACCGCGAGGACCCUGAAGCUUGGCUCGCUCAAUCGAUAACGCACCCCACAAUUCCCUUGGUGCUCCCCGACCUGUCAGCCUUCACCGCACCCACCCCUGACGUCGACGCCUACAAGACGCGACUCAUCUCCUCGUCCUUUUCGACACACCGAAACUUCAACACUUGAAUCAUGGGUCUGUUCUCCAAGAAGAAGGACAAGGGCGGAAAGGAAAGCCCAGCCGCCCAAAACCCGUAUGCCGCGCCUGUAGGCAAGGACCCAUAUGCGCAGCCACCCCCCUCGUACUCGAACGACGGCCAGGACAACUCGUUCCGCCAAGAGAAGACGCCGGCUGUCACCGGCCCGGGUCAGAGCUACGGACAGCGACCAGGCGGAUACGGUGCUCAAGGCGGCAGCUACGGCGCACAGUCAGGUUAUGGAGCCGAUCGCUAUGGCGGAGGCCCACCACAGCGGCCUGGCGGCUACGGAGGCCUGGGAAGGACUGCGUCCAACGACACUAUGAGUACCGACGCAGGUCGCAACGAGCUGUUUGGCAACGCUCCCCAGCGCCAACAAGCGCAGCCGCCUCAGCAGCCCAGCGCCCUCGGACAAAGUGGCACCUACGGGAACACUCAGAGUGGCGCAUACGGAGCUGGUGCUCCCGGUGGCUAUGGCUCGGCACCUGGUGGCUACGGGGCCUACGAGGACCGCCAAUUGACGGCUGAAGAACAAGAAGAGGAAGACAUUGACGCUACAAAGCAAGAGAUCAAGUUUAUGAAGCAGCAGGAUGUUGCUAGCACCAGAAACGCUCUCCGUCUAGCUGAACAGGCUUUGGAAACCGGUCGAGGAACUCUAGGGACACUAGCAGCACAGGGAGAGCGUAUUCAUAACACGGAACGCAACCUCGAUCUUGCCUCCAUCCAGAGCGACAGAGCAAAUGGACAGACUAAGGAACUGGCCCGCAUCAACGCAAGCAUGUUCUCCAUCGUCCCCAAUCCCUUCACAGGCAACUCGAAGCGCGAGAAGCAAAUGCAACAAGCCAUGGACCAGCACGCACGCGACCGUGAUACCCGCGAACAAACUAAUCGGGCCAAGUGGGAGUCUGGAGCCCGUGCAAACGAAGCUCAGCGUAAGCUAGCCACAGGCGGGGCUCCACAAGGUAACAACAAGAGCUCGCUGGCCGCGCGUUCCAAGUUCCAGUUCGAGGCUGAUGAGGAGGAUGACGAGAUGGAGAACGAGAUCGAUAACAACUUGGACCAACUUCAUGGCAUGGCCAAGAACCUCAACCAACUCGGUCGCGCUAUGGGCGAAGAGGUCGACAACCAAAACACGCACAUUACACGCAUUACUGGCAAGACUGAUCAGGUGGAUGACAAGAUUGCCAGGAACAGGCUCAAGUUGGAUCGCAUCCACUAAGUCUGUUCUUCGGCAAGGCGAGUGGAAUGCCUGCUCUCGAGUGCAACUAAGCCCACUCCAGGGCCAGGGUAGCUUGAUGGCAUCGCCGAGAUAUAGAGCAUGGGAUACGGCAUUAUAGGCGUUUUGGAGACAAUGACACCAUUUCCACCUUGAUUUCGAAUAAAG